AUGGACGCCAUCAGUCAAACUAACGACACGCAGGCCGAGAUCCGCCUCUUCACCGCACCUGACGAUGACCCUGGCAACCACGGUUACCGUGACUACGGCGCCAGUGCCGGGGUCAGCCCCACGCCACCGAUACCACUGGUGGAUGUUGAGGGAGCAAGUUUUCCCAUGAUUGAGGACAGCAUCAAACUGCUGGGAGUUCAGGUGGUGCUGAUCUUGGCCUACAGCACCAUCAUUGUGCUGGGGGUUCUGGGUAAUUCUCUGGUCAUCUAUGUCAUCUACCGAUUCAAAACGUUACGCACUGUCACCAACUUCUUUAUAGCGAACCUGGCUGUUGCUGACCUGUUGGUCAAUACCUUGUGCCUGCCCUUCACCCUGGUCUACACCCUGCUGGGGGAGUGGAAGUUUGGUAGUGCCCUCUGUUUUCUGCUUCCCUACGCCCAGGGGCUAGCUGUGCACGUCUCCACGGUAACGCUCAACGUCAUCGCCCUGGACCGUCACAGGUGUAUCGUGUACCACCUGGAGACGCGGAUGCGCAAGGACGUAUGUUUUGGCGUGAUAGCGCUCACCUGGGUGCUAAGCGCUGUGCUUGCCAGCCCUCUGGCUAUCUUCAGAGAGUACGGCCCCCUUACCCUGAAACCUGGACACACAAUACUAGUGUGCAUGGAGAAAUGGCCUGGCAGCAACACGGACGGCACGGUCUACAGCAUCUCCAUGCUUAUCCUGCAGUAUUUUCUGCCUCUGUCCAUCAUCUCCUUCGCCUACGCCCGCAUCUGGUCCAAGCUGCGUGGCCACGUCAGCCCCGCAGCGGCAGUGGUGGGCGGGGGUGCAGGGGCGUCGGAGCGCCACCGGAGACGGCGCAAGACCACCAAGAUGCUGGCCACCAUGGUGGUGGUAUUCGCUGUGAGCUGGCUGCCCUUCCACGCCUUCCAGCUGGCCACAGACAUCGACAGCUCGGUGCUGGACAUGCGCGACUUCCGCCUGCUCUACACCGUCUUUCACGUGGUGGCCAUGUGCUCCACCUUCGCCAACCCACUGCUGUACGGCUGGAUGAACCGCAAUUAUCGCGCUGCCUUUCUCGCCGUGUUCAAGUGUCGGGGAGGAGGGGAGCGGGGGAGAAGCGGCCGGCUGGACAGCAUUCAUCCCGUGGGGGUGGGAGGAGGAGCGGGGAGGGGGAAGAUGAAGGUGCUGGAAGCACAGGAUGUGGUGUCCACCCACCUGAACGCCACAGACGUUUAA